CUUAUAUUUGUACGACUACUAAUCCGAUAAAGUUACAAGAAAGGAGACCUAAUCCACAUUGUCGUUGGACUGGGAAAAAAUCGGAAUUCAACUUGCGUUCGAACGCUGGACAUACAGACUUCGCGUGAGCUCCGCAAACGCUGGAUCCUUUCGGCCCGUAAUAGAGCGUAAGGGUUCCUUCGAAUUCCUUUCCUUUAGCAAAGUAUCAAACGAGUGCUGACUGAUCAUUGUCUGAUAGAGACUAAUGCCCGGUUUCACAGUCCAUACUUAAGUCCAAAUAAAAUCUUAGCUAAGCAUUGUUGCAGACUGAGUAGUCGUUUGUUUCACAGUCAAUGCUUAAUUUCUAUAAAAUUUUAUUUUGAUAUAUGGCAACGUUAUGAGAAACAUAUGUUUUACAAAUGUCAUCCAUAAAAAUAUGUUUGAAAUAUUUAAAUUAUAACAGACAAUAUAAAAAUUUGCGUGCAAAGUUUUAUCGGAAAUGGAUGAAAAUAACAAAAGAACCCCGAAUUUCACUGCCAGCGAGUCGGAGCACCAAUCGGUACUGGUGGCAAAGUAUGAAGCUGUCAUCGAAUGCUUGCUCGAACGCUAAAAAAGACGUCGCAUGGAAGCGCAUCGAAGAGGAUUUUAAUUCACAGUGUCCAUCUGGCUGCCAUCGCAGUGAAAAAACAUUGAAGAAAAAGUAUCUUAAUCUGAAAAGAGAGGUUAAAAAGCGACCUACAGAUGAUAAAAGAUCUCUUUAUUUAACUGGAGGAGGACCACCAUCAAAGAAAAUGUUAACUGAAUUUGAUGAAAAGCUUUUGAAUGUGUUGCAUGAGCAGCAAGUUAGUGGCAUGCAGAGUGUGUAUGACAAUAAUGUAAUUGCAGUAAAUAUUAACAAAUCCGUGAUAUUGAAGGAAGAUAUAUUAGAAAGCAUAGUGAAUUUCGAAAACACGACUGAAGUGGAAAUUGAUAAAGGAAUAAAUGAAUCCGACAACGUUACAUUAAACGUUGAAUCCAACCAGCUUUGGAGCAAAUAUGAUCCAAGCAAUUUCAAAACAUCAAAAAAUUCAAAACUAAAAUUUGAAGAAAAACCACAAAGAUCUGCGAAAAAAAAUGAUUGGACAAAUAUAGCAGAUAUGAAAGCAAAAUGGACGGAAGUUUUAUAUUUAGCGGAAAUAAAAAUAAUAUAUGCGGAGCACAAACAAAGAAUGAAGUUAUUAGAAGAAAGUAACAACUUAUCAAUGAAGUUGAUGAAAGAAAAACAUGAUUUGGAAAUGAAAAUUUUAACACUAGAUUUAGAACUGAAAAAAAGGAGCUGGAAGAAUGAAAUAAAAUAAAAAUCUAUGUAAAAUUAUAAACGUAUAUAUUAAAUUACAAUAAACAGAAGUAACUAUCUAUUAAACAUUUUCUUGUAACAUUAUUAAUUGUAUGACUUUCAGCAGUGCGAUUAUUACUAUAUCGCGAUUAUUGCAGCAGAUGUUGUGUAAUACUGCUGUUGCAACAAUAAUGCUUUGAGUUUUUGCUAGGUGCAAGCGCAAGCCCAGUGAUAAUACCGAAAACCUACGCUUUCAGACUCCAUAUGACCGCUCGACACAAUACCGAGUCCUUAUAUGAGACUCGUUAAAAAGAUUUUCUGCAGUCGUAUUGACAUGCAUUAAUGGUGUAAUCACGAAGUGGUUAUUUUCAUAACCACUGUCUGCAACAACUAUUCCAGGACCAAACUCUCCGGAAUCUAAUCGACAACGAAUCCGAGAGUUACGGAAAAUAGUAGCAUCGUGAGUUGAUCCAGGCCACUGUGCAACGAUGUCUAUGAUGCGAAGAUUACUAUCACAUAACGUCUGGACGUUGAUGGAAAAAAUACUUUUUCUAUUACGAAAUAGCUCUGCAUCUUCCCAUCUUGUAUAUAAAAAGGUUUUGAGAGCAGU